UAUGUUUUAACUUACGAAAUUAAAGUGCGAAUGAGAAAAAUACAAAUUUACUGUUUUAUUUCAAACUAAAAUCAAUCGGGGAAAACACAAACGCCCACACUAUCGAUAGAUUUUAUUUCGAUAGUUAGUAAUCGGAGUAUCUGAGUAUCCGUUAACCUCAUGCAACAGGCAACAAAAACGAAAGCAAAAUUUGUGGCGCAUAUUUGUGUAAAAGCAAAAUAAAUUCUACGAUAGAUGUGGCUCUGCUUCUGCAGUCACAGAAGAACGCACAAUUAUUAAAGUAUAUAGACUUUCACAAACUUAAAAUUGAAAACAAAAAUUCGUUUCUAUGAAGCACCAGCGACUGAUAAGAGCUGUUGCGAUAGCUAGGUAGAGAUGUGUAAUACCAAGUAACCGGCUACUAUCGCUGAACUCAAUGCAACAGACGGAUUGACACUGAUUACCUUUAACAAAAAGUGCAAGGAAAAGUUGGGGUGCAUAUUUGUGAAAGAGUUAAAAGUUAUUUCUACGAUAAACGUAGCUGUGCUUCAAUUGUCGAACUAGAAUCUGAAAAGUUGAAGAUGAACGACGUGGACAAUUUUUUCACAAAUGGUCCGCGCAUUCCUCGCAAAAGUGUCAAUUUUCAGCAGGUACUGCCUAAAACGUAUUAUUUUCUGGACAAUGAGGCCUACACCGAGGACCACAUUCUGGUUAAAAAGCUGUAUAUGUUUCAUGUGGCGCCAGCGCUAUCAGUGAAACACCUGAAAGAGUAUUUCAUGACGUUCGGAAAAGUGAAGCAUUUGGAUCUGCACACUAAUCUCCAAACUAGCAGCGGUUCCGGCUCGAAGGUCUCCGCUGAGAAGCUAAAAACAAAAUGCGGCGUUAUUGUCUUCGACGAUGCUCAAUGUGCUGCUAAGGCCUUGCGUCGCAAAGUACACUAUGUGAAGAACGCUCGACUCUCGGUAGUGCCCAGCGACAGCUGGCAUCAGCCGGAUGUUUAUGACAAAGAUUGCAACAAGCCAGGGUCAGCUGAUGGAGAUGAACCGCUGGCUGCCAUAUUGAAUCUCAACGAUCAUUGCUUAGAUCACAUAUUUCGACUAUUGCCGCGGCCUGACCGCAUUCACUUUGCUCGCGUUUGUCUUCGUUUCCGAGAGAUUUAUAUUCAAGCAGCGCCAGCACUGGAUAAGUCAAUCACAUUUGAGGAGUUUGCUGACUUGACCAUGUGGGAUGUGCGUGAUUUUUUUAUGUUGUCCGGUAGCCAUGUAAAGGAGAUGGUAGGCGUUAUACCGCAGCGCCAUAUCAAGCGUCUGGCGGAAUAUUUGGGCAGCAACUGCAUAAAUUUGACUACUCUAAAAAUUUCGGCCAAUAAGUUGCCCCUGAACAUCAUGGAAAAGAUAUUUGCAAAACUAGAUAAGCUGCAGAUCCUACAAUUACGCGGCUGCGAUUUAAGAAAUGAUGCGCUUCUCGCGCUAAAAAAUUUACCAGAGCUAAAGGUUCUCGAUCUAUCGAACAAUAACCGAUUGACCGGUCAGAAUAUGAAUCGUUUGCCACCUACCAUUGAAUCGCUUACUUUAACUAGGUGCACCAGCGUGCAAGCGAAGCUGUUGAUCAAGGCUUUGAAAACGUUGACACAGCUGAAGGAGCUACACUUGAAGGGGAUUUAUGCAAUAGGCUCGGCAUUUAAGCAGCUGGUCGAAAGCCAGCGAUUUCACACACUGGAGGCGAUGACAAUUACCAAUAGCUCUGGCUUUCUCAUGGGCAAUAGCUAUGAGUAUAUUGCCAAACUGCCAAGUCUCAAGAAAGUUAUUGUGUACAGCCACGAUAGCGACACCCUUCUAAGUCCCGAGCUGCUGUCCUGGCUGGUAGAGCACAAAGCGGAGCAACUGGAACAUUUUGAGACACGUGGGAUGAAUUGUUUGAAUGGAUCGAUGAUGGCACAAAUCGGCAAGCUAAUUGGGUUGCGCACGCUUGCAAUACCAGGAAAUAAUAUAGUCGGGGCUCGAGAGAUGGAGGCUCUGUGCACACUGCAACAGCUGGAGGAGAUCAAUCUGAAGUAUUGUGACAAUAUUACCGAUCAAUCCGUGCUUCAUUUGGUACUGUCUUGCCCCAAGUUACGCGUUUUGCGUCUAGAUAAUUGCCGGCAGCUCUCGGAAAAGCUCUUAUCUGAUAUUGUAUUCAAGAUACGCUUGCAAAUACAGCAAAAGGAAACGGAACGGCCGUUGCCAAUCAAGAUUUUAUUAUACGGCUGCAACAUAAGUCAGCUGAGCCUAAAAAUAGAAGAAAUGGCGGGCAAGGACAUUAUAAGUGUGCCAUACGAGCCGCCACCAACAGCAGAUCUCCACUUCUUCGACUCGGCCGAGAUGUUGAUCUUCGACGACGAGGUAUGCUUUGGAUCGGAUGACAUAUAUGAUGUAUUUAGCGAUCAUGAUUACGAAGAUAAUGAAGACUUCGAUAAUGAUGAAGAUUAUGAAGACUACGAUGGCUUCGAUGAUGGUUACGAUAUCGUUGAGAUGGACAUAUCGGAUGUGGAAGAUUACUGGGAUUAAUAUACGAGGUGCUGUUAUUUGUGAAUUCAUUUCGCAUUUUCUUUUGCCAAACGAUGCUUACGAUUAUGUUACUAAAUAUAGAAAUGGUUAUGUACCAGUGAAACAACUGAAAUUUCGUUAUUUUAUUUGUUUGUUUUUUAAUUUAUAAUCAUUUAAUUAUAGUUAAAUACAUUUUUUUGCAUAGUUUAUGGUGUGCUUUGUAUUUGCUUAAAACCCAUUUUCUAAACGCAUUGAAAACCUAAAAAUCGUUGUUUUUCCAUUUCCUUUUGCAUUUGCAUUUUAAUUUAUUUUUUAUUUUAUUGUACGCUUAUUAUUUUAUUAUGUCAUUUUGAUUAAGUGCCAAAUGCGGCUUGGCGUGGCUUGGCUUAGCUUGGUGUCUUGGGUACUUCUUAAACAUUUAAUUGACUUGAAAGGGCGGGAAAUUGCACCGAAAAUUUAACAAAGAAAGAAUAAAAGUUAAAUGUGUGUUUAACCUAAGAUAAAUUAUCAACUUUCGAAUAUAUAGCAGUAUUAACAAUUCCAUAAAUACAGAUAUUUAGAUAUAGAUUUACAUAUAUAUAUAUAUAAAUGUGUUUAAAGCA